CUAGCUUGAUUUGAGAUGGUUGGAGCUAUUGACAGUAACAUGAUAUUUUUGGAUUUAUUGAACAGGAGGACUUUAAUCUAUGCAGUUGAUCAAGAUGCUGAGAAAUCUUUCAAGACGACUGUGGAAGUAGACCGGCUAAUUGAUAUGCUGAGAGAUUCGAGUUCUGGAGAACUUGAAAAGCUUGUUGUUGAAAAUGUUUUGGCAUUCAAUGAGAAUUUCUGGAUCCGGCUUGCUGCUAGAACUGACACAUGCAAAUCAGAUGAUGAUAAAGCAUGGUUUUUACUUGUUUCUGCUGUACAGAAGGACUAUGAAGAAUUGGCCGUUACUCUAAUGAGCAUAGUUGACCGCCUGGUUCAUAAAACCAAUGAGAAGAUAGAAUCUGCAACCGAUGUUCUUAAGGGAAUCUUAAAUCCUGUGAUGGAUGAAGUUGAAGAGAUUUCAUGGCCUCCAAAAGAUCCUAAGUCUCUUAUUUUGAUGGAGAAUGAAUUAGUUAAAAGGGAACAAGAAGGACAACUAGAUGAAGGAUUUCUUUCGGAGGUCAACGCCCAAUUGCGGCAAAAAUGCAUGUUAUUAUUCAUCAAACUUGGGUACCGCUCUAUCCAUGGUAUGCCGAACCAGCCCGUACCGGUCGGGACGGGUCGGUACGAACCGGUCCGUCCAGCUACCGGUAUGCCGGAGCCGUGAAAACUGGUACGGGUUGGUUCUGUGCCGGAGACGAAGAAGACGAAGAGAAGAAGAGAGAGCACGGGGAAGAGAGGGAGGGAGGAGACCUAUGGCCGCCAUCGGAGAGUCGCGGAGGGGCGGCGGAGGCCGGGGGGGCGGUGGAGCCCGGCGGCGGAGAAUCGUACCGGUCCGGUUGGCGACCCGUACGCAUACCAGAUCUGGUACGGCGGACCUUGGCUUUAACAAUAAAACACAUUAACAUGCUUAUUAUUCUUUUUUUAAUUUCAAAAUUGACUGUGCUGUUCUAGCUCUGUCUAGCUACCUUUUUUCCAAGAAGAAAUCAUUUCAAUGAUCUUGAGAUUGUUUAACAUUUUUCCAUGUGACUUUAAUAUCAAAAAAAAGAAAAAGUUAGCAGGAUCAUCUAUCAAAUAUUACUUUGACUUAGAUAUCAUUAUCCUUUAUCUGUCUAUCACUUAUCAGUUAAUCCCCAAAAGGCCGGCCUAAUUCCUGAAACAAAUUUUUCUGCUUUUAGUUUUACACACUAAUUACCGAAACCUUUUAAUUUACAAGGUCAAUCAGUCAUGGCUGCAAUAAAGAUCUUUUUGUAGUAAAGAUGUUAGGCCAAGGUAAAGCCUUAAUUGGAAAAAAAUGAAAAUAAAGCUGUAGAUCCUCCAAUUAUUAAGGUCAACAUCAUAAGAGAAAAUUACCUCAUCUUCAUACUCCAAUGAGUUACCAUGCUCCUGCAUAUUCCUUUUUCAGAUAAAUGUAUUAGGUAGUACUUACACGUCCAAGGUUGUUUGGACAUAUCUGAACACAAAGAUAGCAAGAACACAUUGGAGAAGGAAAGAAAUGAACCUUUCUAAGUUCAGCUAAACCUUACUGACAGUUCGGAGAUAAUAUUGCUAACUUGAACCUCAUGGAGAAGGCUUCCUACCAACAUUCAGAGCUGGGGCACUUUCUGGGCCUAAUCUUGGGUCUUGAAGAUUAUUGUUGGAGACAUUACUGCUGAAUUGAACCUAAUGGAGAAGGCUUCACCAACAUAUAGACCUCAGGAAGCAUUCUAGACCAUACGUAGUGGCUUUGGAGCUGGCUGAUGGUCUUCUUUAGAGAUUCUUAUAUCAUUUUCUAGUUUAGGCCUCUUCUCCAUGCAUUUUUCUUUUCUUUCUAAUAGUUUUAAAACUUAUUCUCUAGAUGGCUUUUCACAUACUAAAAAACUUUUCUGCACACAUGUUGACGAUUUUUUUUGUGUAAAAAGAGGACCAUAUUUAGAUAUUCCCAAUUUAUGUUUAUUUGUUAAUUUUUGAGAAUAAAUGGGUUCCUCAUUGAUCAUUUCAUUAACUGAAAUUAUUCAGAAGCUUAAGUUAGUGCUUAAUUGAUAAUUGAAAUAAAAUGCUUAUGAAGCUUCACAUCUUUAGAUUAAGGUUAUCAAACACUUGAUUAUGAAGACUUUGGUUUGGCAAUCUUAAUUUCGUUCCCAUGUGCCUUCUCUAUUGGAUUGAGUGAUAAUGGAUCAUAUACGUCUUGUACUGGAUGAAACUUGUAUAGUACUAUUUGGAUAGAAAUGUGUUUGGAUCAAGAUCUGCCGAACCGGGCCGAACCGAUCCAGUGCGAAACUGGGUCGGUUUGUCUAAUACAUUUGGUUUCGGCCCCGUACUGGCCGGAAUCUCUAUCGAGCCGGCCGGAAGCUCUAUCGAGCUGGCCGGAACUGGUCCUUUACCGACUGGAGCUGGCCGGUAAGGUUCUGAACCGGUCGGAAUAGGCAGGAACCAGUCGGUUCGGUGCAGACUUAGUGCGAACUGGCCGGUUCGCACCGAGUCAACCUAGUUUCGAAUCUGGUUGACAUUGUGGACUGCACCUGAUGCUUUAAAGAUGUCUGUUGGAAAGGUUGAAGGCCUUCCUAACAGCAUUUUGAAAGUGACUACUCUCUCCACCGCUUCCGCUUUCCAAAUAUUCCAAAAACAACACCGAUUCAAGCUAUUAGAAGGAAGAUCAAAGGCUAAAUAGGCAGUGGCCAAAUUGCAUUUAUGUUGGAGG